UGUUCCUCGUGCGAUAACGUCACAAUAACGCACGAUAGCUUUUGCGAAAGUACCUAUUAUAAAUAGUGUAAUUAAAACAAAAUGCAUGGCAUGUCAUUUCAUGGCGGCGUUACGGAAACUAUUUUAUUUUCCGGCUGGCGCAUAAGUGAUACAUCAGGAUUAAUUGGUUCUAUAGUCGGCAUCAUUCUUCUAACUGCAUUGUAUGAAGGAUUAAAAUCUUAUCGUGAACAUCUUUUUGCAAGCACGACAUUUUUAAGAAGAAACCAGCCGCAGAAAUCCAGAAACGCAUUGUUGUUCUCUGGAAUACAUUUGUUUCAAACGCUUUUGCACGUAAUCCAACUGGUGCUUGGUUAUUUCCUUAUGUUUAUUUUUAUGACGUACAACUAUUGGCUCUGCAUCGCUAUCGCAGCUGGAACAGCUCUCGGUUAUUGGCUAUUUGCGUGGAACAAAGUUAAUAAUGAAAAUACAGUCUGUUGUUCGUAAAUAUACGUAUAUUUAAAGAAUUGAAGGUAUUGCAUUUUCACUAAUAAAUCACACCGAUUAAUACAUUUCUCUAUAUUGUAUGUGUGCGUGUGUGUAGGAAAUCAAUUUUAACAAUACGUUACAUUAUUAUGGUAUUUCUGUAUAUAUAUAUAUAUCUCUUUGUAUAUAUUUAUGUAAAUUAUGUGUUUUGUGAUUGAUCGAUACAAUGAUGUUUUAUGUAAUUAACACGUGAUGUCUGAUGCUAAAAGAUAUCCAGCAUAACAACAGCUUAUUGAGAAAUUAAUUAUUCGUCAUGAUAUUAAAAAUUCUAAAUUAAUAGUCUGUGAUUUAUUUUUGCAUUUUAAUAAAUAAAUUCGCACAAUAUAAUCUGAACCUUUUAUAAUCUGAAGCAUAAUUAAAAAUUAUUGAUAAGCAUAAUCUAAUCGAAUGCAACUUAUCUUUUUUUAUUCGAGAUUUAAAGUUUAUUUCCUCAAUGCUGUUUAUCAGAUAAGCAUAAAUCAGUUAUAGAUGUCAAAUAUUUUGUCAUUUAUCGAAUAGCACGAAGACGUAUGACAUGAUGUCGAGUAAUCAGAGUAACGCAACAAUCUAUAGCUCACAAUCUAGUGACCGUAUACAUCAAUUCGAUUCAAUGCGUCACAUCAUUUUCGGAUGGAAUACAUUCAAUUCCAUAAUGUGGUUUCUGCUAUUAAUAUUAUUUUGUUUUUGGUGCAUAGUAUUUUUUAAUUUUUAUAAACCGGGACCGGAACAUGAUCAUCAUUAAAAUGAGUGAAAAAGAUAAUCGAAAUAAUCGUUACAAGAACAAUAGAAAAAAUGUCUCAAGACGAACUCCAUAGCCUACGCCCAUUUCGUUUGAAGCACGCACGACUUCACCGGAAAUAGAACGUGUUUGAUGUGAAGAAAAAGUACGAUAUUAGAGUAAUGUAAUUUACAGAUAUUCUGACGUCUGCUAAAAAUAUGAAUAUUAUUCUAGACUUAUUUAAUCUAAAUGGAUAACAGAAAAUAGUUGUUCUUUUUUUAUUUUCUAAUUAAUUAAUUAACGUAAGCGUAUUUUAUGUAUUAGGUUUUCUUGGUAUAUUUUUAUUAUUUAAAUUUUAUAUAUUUCCUUCUGUAUACGCUGAUUUAAUGUAUGCAAUUAGGUGAUUUACACUGAGUGUGGCGAUAAGUGCACGAAACAUGCGUCACGUGUGAUUUAUAUACAAGGGACAGACACGAUUAAAUCUUGAUGUGGACAGAA